AUGAAGUGGGCGAUUCUCUCGAGUUUAGUGCUCAGCUUGGCUCUUCCUGUCAUCUCUUCGCCUGUUCCUACUGGUCUUAUACCAUACAAGAAAUAUGCCGGAGAAGAUCACUACUCAAAGACUGAAGUACAAGGCGCAAACGUAGAAAUUGUCUCUUCUCUAGAAGAAAGGCAUUCGGCAUUAGAUCUCGCAUAUUUUCCCCUAGCCAUUCAUCUACCGCCCAAUUCUGUUAUGUUCCAGGUUAAAAGCUACACCUGGCGAGGGAGGAAAGUAACAGGAUUCAGCAAGGCGACUUGCGUGGAAUCUUUCACCACCGGUAAUGCAAUCGUUACAACUACCGAAGUGGAAACGGACGAUUCUAUCUUAGGAGACUUUCUACAUUUUUUGACAAACCCCACAGAAAUCAUUGUCGACGCACUCGAUCUGAACCUAAGACUCGGAUUUCAAGGGGUAACUGGGCAUUUCGAGAUAUAUAUUAAGUUCGCUAUAGCAGGAACUUAUAUCGUUCCUAUAUUCACAUCAGAAAGUCUCCUAAGUAUCCAGCUUAAUGAUAAAGACUCGAUUGGAUUGAUAUUUGAGAUUGAAUUAGCAUUCAAAGUCACUGGGCCAGUGAAUGUUAUUGCUGGUUUUGAAGUAGAAAUUCCAGAUGAUACUUUUAUCAUCCUAAAUUCACUUAGUGGAGAGCUUGUAGAGGAGAACCUGAAAGGAAUCAAAGCGAAAGCCACACCGGCAAAAUUCAAGUCCGGAGCUGGAUGCUUCAAUGUAGCUCUCAGAUUCAAAUUGAAAGCUGGUACUCCUGUGGAAGUUUUCAAUUUCGGCUUCAAAUUCGAGGCAGGCACAUACAUUGACGCUCCUCUACACAAGGCUUGCAUUACUUACCAGAUAGACCAACCAUAUACCCUUAAUUUUACAGAGAAUUUCAUUAUCGACGUUGCUGUCUAUGCUGAUGUAGCCAAGGCAAUCGACAUUGCAACAUGGGCAGCUGGGCCUACUGUGGUGUCAACUCUGUACAUUGCGCCGUUACCUUCGACGUGCUUCGUCAGUACUACUUCAACAGCUCAGAGAACCCUUGCGUCUUCGACAAUAAGCAAUCAUAUUACUUUAACACCGGAGCUCGAGACAACGUCGAGGAAGAGUACACAAGAGAUGCCUUCCACAACUAUCCGGACAUACUCAAGCAAUGCUACAACAUCGAGUUCUUCUUCCGCAGCGACAAAUACACCCAGUGGAAUAAUAUCAGUGCCUGCAACGGUACCAUUCUCAAAUUCAACAAGAGUCUUCAUCUCGCAUACUCGCCUCGUUCAAACAUAUGGCAGUGAGACCGAUUCAUUUCCAGCCGGUGUCAUCAAAAUACCCAGUUCCUCUGAUUAUACUACCAAAAGUGAGACGCCAUUACCGAUAGCCACCACCGACAAUACCUUCAUCGUACCAACCCAGAGCGAGGAGCAUGAUGAUUCUGCAUCUAUCUUAAACGAUCUUCCAAAAGUCACUGUUAAUUCUAAAAGUACUUACACCAUCUACAGCUGUGCAAAAGAAGCCAUCUGGUGUCCAUCAACCAUGCUCUUCCCACAGAUUCUGACAAAGACCGUCGCCGAAAACACAGCCAUCAGCUCCUCAUCUAGCACCCUACUCAGAGUCUCUGCCAUUCAUACAGUUUCAGACCAACCAUCUCCUACCUCUAUCACUCUCCUUCCUCCCACUUCACUCCCCGCCAUUGAACCCCCCCAGAUCACCAACUCACAUUCCGCCCUCGGCACUGAUACCCCCACACACCAGCAUCACCGACGAUGCAACUUUCAUCGCUUACCCCACCCCUAUCAUCGAACGAAUCGAAACCACCAUCAUCUAUUCAACAAUCGAAGAACCAGAACCGGUACGAUUGAGGCAGAUCUGAGCUGUGAUAAAAUCAGAAGACAACUUUUGGGAAAGAUACCAGAGACAGCUUCGGCAGCGGGUAGAAGACGAACCACCAGUAGUACUAAGACGACUGUGCCAAGUAUUAGCAGAGGUAGUAAAUAG